AGAAUCAAUCCGAGUUGAUUCGUAAAAAAAACCGGCCCAAUCAGAGUGAAAAGCAUAACGCAGCAUCACUCUCGAAUUCAUUCUACUAUUCUAGGGUUUGUCUCUCCUCUCUUAUACCUCUUCAGUCUACCUCCUCCUUCCUCUCAAUCUCAUCUUCUGCAACAACAAUGAUGGAAAUCGGAUUCGUUCCCUUCAAUUCAGAUGGUUGGGGUCCUCUGGAAACCACCACAACCACCGCCGCAACCCCAUCUCUGCCUCUUACCGCCGCCGCAACGACCAACGUCCCCACCAAUGUCCCCUUCGCCCCCUUUUCUCGCUCCGACAAGCUCGGCCGAAUCGCCGAUUGGACUCGGAACCUGAAUAACCCCAACAACCGACGAAACAACCCUAACGACUCCGUCUUCGAUUUCUCCGGCGACGAUUCAUUCGCCGCCACACUCGCAGCCGAUGAAGACGCCUCUUUCCGUCUUGUCGAUGGUAAACCUCCUCCUCGCCCUAAAUUCGGCCCUAAAUGGCGAUUCCACCACCACCACAACAACCCUGCGCGACACCUCCCUCAGCGUCGCGAUGAGGAGGUCGAAGCUCGUAAGCGUGAAGCGGAGAAGGAGCGAGCUCGUCGUGACCGCCACUACCACAACAACCACCGUACUGGUGGAGGCGCUCAUCAACGCCGUGAAGCCGCCGUCUUCAAAUCCUCUGUCGAAAUCCAGCCUGAGUGGAACAUGCUUGAGCAGAUCCCGUUCUCCACCUUCUCGAAGCUGUCCUUCACUGUUCCCGAACCUGAGGAUCUUCUAUUCUGCGGUGCCCUUGAAUCGUACGACCGAACCUACGACCGUCUCACCCCGAAGAAUGAGCGUAGACUGGAGAGGUUCAAGAACAGGAACUUCUUCAAGGUCACCACCACUGACGACCCCGUGAUUAGGAGGUUGGCCAAUGAGGAUAAGGCCACCGUUUUUGCCACCGACGCUAUUUUAUCGACACUUAUGUGCUCGCCCAGAAGUGUUUACAGCUGGGACAUUGUGGUUCAGAGGGUUGGGAAUAAGCUCUUCUUUGAUAAGAGAGAUGGGUCUCAAUUAGACUUGCUCUCUGUCCAUGAAACUUCACAGGAACCACUACCAGAAUCCAAAGAAGACAUCAAUUCUGCUCAUUCAUUGAGUGUUGAAGCUGCUUACAUUAACCAGAACUUUUCCCAGCAGGUUUUGACAAGGGAUGGGAAGAAGGUGAGCUUUGAGGAGCCAAACCCGUUUGCCAAUGAAGGAGAAGAGGUUGCUUCUGCUGGGUAUAGGUAUAGGAGGUGGAAGCUUGAUUCUGACAUGUAUUUGGUUGCUAGGUGUGAGUUGCAGAGUGUGCUUGAUAGUAAUAAUCAGAGGCAAUUUUUGACACUUAAUGCUUUGAAUGAGUUUGAUCCUAAGUAUUCUGGGGUUGACUGGAGGCAGAAAUUAGAGACUCAAAGAGGUGCUGUUUUGGCUACUGAGUUGAAGAACAAUGCUAACAAGAUGGCUAAGUGGACCGCUCAGGCGCUUUUGGCUAGUGCUGAUAUGAUGAAGUUGGGGUAUGUUUCUAGGGUUCAUCCCAGGGAUCAUUUUAACCAUGUGAUUCUUGGUGUUGUUGGGUAUAAGCCUAGGGAUUUCGCGUCUCAGAUUAAUUUGAACUUGAACAAUAUGUGGGGAAUUGUUAAGAGUAUUGUUGAUUUGUGUAUGAAGCUUGGUGAGGGUAAGUAUGUGCUUGUUAAGGAUCCUUCAAAGCCCCAGGUGAGGAUUUAUGAGGUUCCUGCUGAUGCUUUUGAGAAUGAUUACGUCGAGGAGCCGUUGCCUGAGGACGAGCAAGCUCAGCCUCCUACUGAGGAUGCUGCCAAUGGUAUUUCUUCUGAGAUUAGUGUUGCUGCCACUGAUGUGGAGGACAAGGAGAUUACUGCUGUGCCCUAGAGGGGUCGAUGUGAUGAAGAGAAGUAAUGCUAUGGAUUUGGCAGUGUUGAUUAUGCAAAUGCACAAAGGAAAAUAUGCUCACUGUCAAUUUUCCUGUGAAUGUGAACUUCAGUUGUUAAUUUUGUAGCGAAACCCGGGAUUUGAUGUGUCUUUUAUUAUCUCUGUUGUAGUUGAGAUUCUGGUAACAUAAUAGUGCUUAAGUUGAAAUCAAAGGGUUUUAUGGACCUCAAUUUUUGGUUGCUGAGAAUAGUAACUGUGUGUUAUCAAAACAUAUAUGAUAAUACGAAGUAUGUUGCUGUUUUGUUUUUUUCUAA